GAGAUAUCAGGGAAGAAGAGAGAGAGUUGUUAGCUAGCUCACACGCUUUCGCAUAAAACUCAAAAACCUGCACUUUCUCGUCUAUUUUCUCGGCAUUCGCGAAACAAGAAAAACCAAACCAAGUCUCCGAGGAACCCCCCCUAAUUUUAACAAAAACCUCCUUCCCUUCCCUUCCCCAUUAGAGAGAGAAACAGAAAGUUUCUACCUUUACUCUUUCAAUGGAUUCUAGAGAACUCCUCCACCACCAACAACAACAACAGCAGCAGAACCAGCAGUUACAACCACCGCCUGGGAUGCUAAUGGGUUCCUUCAACCGCAACCCUAUAAUGGGUCCCACCUCCACAUCUCAGGCUAUGCACCACCACCGCUUACCUUUCGGCUCUCUCCAUCCUCAACACCUUCAACAGCAUCCUCAACAUCCUCAGCAUCAGCAUCAGCAGCAGAUGGAUCAGAAGACGCUUGAAUCUCUGGGAUUCGAAGGAUCGCCUUCCUCGGCCCAGCAGCAGCAUUCGAUGAGAUUCGGUGGGAUCGAGACACAGCAGCAGCAGCAGCAACAGGUUAAGAAGAAGAGAGGGAGGCCGAGGAAGUAUGUUCCUGAUGGCGGCAUUGGUCUUGCUUUGGCUCCUACUUCUCCUGCUUCUAAUUCUUACGGCGGCGGUGGAGAUGGUGGUGGCGGAGUAGGAGCUGGUGGUGGAGAUAGCGGUGGUGGUGGUGGUGGUGCUAACUCUUCCGAUCCACCUGCUAAACGGAACAGAGGUCGUCCUCCUGGUUCUGGGGGAACAGGAGGAGUAGGGUUUACACCGCAUGUCAUCGAGGUUAAAACUGGAGAGGAUAUAGCUAUGAAGGUAGUGGCGUUUACGCAUCAAGGACCACGCGCGAUCUGUAUACUCUCAGCGACAGGAGCUGUUUCUAGUGUGAUGUUUCGUCAAUCUAGCAAUCCUAAUGGUGUUGUUAAGUGUGAGGGACCAUAUGAGAUCAUUUCAAUGUCAGGCUCUUUCUUGAAUACAGAGAGUAAUGGUACUGUGACCAAAACUGGUAGCUUGAGUGUAUCUCUGGCUAGACCAGAUGGUCAUGUUGUUGGUGGUUCUGUUGCUGGAAUGCUUGUAGCUGGUUCACAAGUCCAGGUCGUUGUUGGAAGCUUUGUACCAGAAGUGAAGAAACCGAAACAAAGCGCAAGGCGUGCUCAGAAUACUACUCCCGAACCAGCUUCAGCACCAGCCAAUAUGUUGAGCUUCGGUGGUGGUGGUGGUGGACCAGGAAGCCCUCGGUCUCAGGGACAGCAACAUUCAAGCGAGUCAUCAGAGGAAAACGAAAGUAACUCUCCGUUGCACCGUGGUAGCAACAACAACAACAACAAUCAUCAUGGACUAUUUGGAAACUCUCCUCCGCCGCAACAACUUCACCAAAUGCCUAUGCAGCAGAUGUACCAUCCUCACCUCUGGCCUGGCCACAAUCCUCAAUAAACAGAGAUUGCUUAGUCUGGUCUGCUUCUUUGUUCCGUUUUACACAUCUCUCCCAUAAGUUAGAUUGAGCUUUCCUACUCUCACAUUGUCUUCUGCAGUUCUGCUUCUUCCUACUUUUCUCUUUACUUCAGCUUUUGGUUUUUAGUUAAAUAGAGAGAGACAAAGAUGUUAAGUAGGUUUCAGUUCAUCUUUUUUAGCUCGUUUCUUUUGAUUGUGAUGAUCACAAAGACUUCUCUCCUUUUGUUUCUCCUAUAAUCAACGAAUGGAUCCACUCAUAUCAAAUAUUAAGUUUCAA